UUUUUUUAUUUUUUCUUCCCCGGAGAGAAGUCUGAAAACAGUUUAUCAUCAGAGCGGCAAUUAAUCUAUCUUCUUUUUUUCCCAAUCACAACCACCUUCUAAACUAAUUAAUUCCUCGCUUUCUCGAAAGUUUGAAUCUUGUGCACGUGCUUGAUAUUAGGGUUUGUCGGGAUUUUGUGUAAAACUAUCACUGAAGAGUCGGGGAUUUUAUGGAAGUCAAAUCUAACAGGAGUCUUCAUGAAGAUGAAGAGGACGAUGAUGAAGAAUUUGUCUCCAGGAAAGGAGUCUCUUCUCAAAAAGGAGAUGGGAAGAGCACUGACCAGAAAGCUAAUACACCAAGAUCGAAGCACUCUGCUACUGAACAGCGGAGGAGGAGCAAAAUCAAUGAUAGAUUUCAGAUCUUAAGAGAUCUGAUACCACAGAAUGAUCAGAAGAGGGAUAAAGCAUCAUUCUUGUUGGAGGUUAUCGAAUAUGUUCAGUUCUUGCAAGAAAAGGUGCAAAAAUAUGAGGGAACAUAUCAGGGGUGGAAUCAAGAGCCCGUGAAGCUGAGACCAUGGUGGGUGAUUGGAAAUGGAGUUGACGGAUAUUUUUUCAGAAAUCUAAUGCCAUAUGGCCUCUUCUCUCUUAGGAACGCCCAUCCACAUUGUGAUAGUAUGAUUGACCUUUCCCGAACUACAAGAAAUGGCCCUGGUCCAUCAUUGAUGUUUUCCGGCAAGUUUGAUGAUAAUAGCAUGGCUGUUGCCCCCACCAUGCUCACAAACACACAAAACCCUGUAGAAUCUGAUCUUACCACCAGUACCGCCUAUAAACAAGUGGAUCACCACCUAGGGCUAGCAAACAAGGCUGUACAGCUACCGAUGCCGGUGCAGACAAACAUGCUGACUACUGUUGCUAGUGGUGGUGCACUUGCCCAACCUCAGCAGGGAGUUAUCACCGAUGUGGAAAAUGUUGCAUCGCAACGUCAGCCCCAGGUGUGGCAAAGUAGACCGCUUCCAGCUGAGUGUCCCAUCAUAACUGAUAUAGUGAAUGAACAGGAGGAACUCGACAUUGAGGGGGGUACAAUCAACAUUGCAGGUGUCUAUUCUCAGGGGUUGCUGAACAAUUUGACACAAGCUUUACAUAGUUCGGGGGUUGAUCUGUCACAAGCCAGUAUCUCUGUGCAAAUUGAUCUUGGUAAGCGAGCAAUCAAUAGGUUGAAUGUCUCUAAAGCGAAGGAUAACGAGGAUCCCUCAGCCAAUCGAGCAAUGGGUAAUUCUAGGGUUGGAAGCAGUGGUGAGGACUCGGAUCAAGCCCAAAAAAGACUCAAGAUAGAAAAACCACCUAUAUGAUUUCCUGGUCCUGCAUUUUUGUGAUAAUUUAUUAUUUCUUUUUUGUCUUGUCGCUCUUUUCUCUGUUCUUGUGUUGUGUGAGAUAUCAGUAAGUAAUGUUAAUCUCCUCCAAAGACUGACCCUGGAGAAGUGUUUUGUUGUACAUGCUCUUCUGCUUUACACAUAAAUCAUCAUCCUCUUCACCUGUGAAGUAAACUCAAUUUAUUUGUAAGUUUUCGUCCUUGGAGAUAAAGAGACUUCCAUAGAGAUAUGGUGAAGCUGCUUCAUUUUGAAGCCUUCCAUUCUUAGAAUGUGAAGUCUUUCUCUUGGUAUUGUCGAUUUUAUAAGACAACAUUAUUUUGUUUA